GACUCAUUUCUUUUUUUUCCGUCACAAAAAGAAAUCAAAAACCUUAAUGAAUCAUUUGUAAACAAUUUACCCAACUCAUACAACUCACACACCCACUAAACCGGCAUUAAAGUGUUGUAUAAACAAUAUAUACAUACAUAUGUAUGUGUAGUGUGUGCGAGUAUCGCAUUUAAAUUUUUUGCAAUAAGAUUAAAAAGUCGAUGAGUGUAUAGCAUUGUCAGUUGUUGUGCUCCUCUCGUGAACAGCGAAAAUAGCAUUUCCCGAAGAAGUGUCGUGAAUCUUCCCACUCGUCUUAUCGACAAAAUCCCAGCUUCAUGAGAGAUAGCAUUAAUUAACAACUCGUUUUCUUUUUUUUUCACGUCGCCGAGUGCUUUCUCACAGAUAAGAAUUUUCCGCCAUGUGCUGCAUCGUGUAGUCAGUGUUGGGCUUCUGUGGAAGAAAGACGCGCGCGCGGCUUAAGUUCAGCUCUUGGGUGGGAAGUGCUGUUGGAAAUUGUUAAGAAAAUUGAACAUGUGUUGUAGUGGAGAAAAAAAAAGUAUAGGGAAAUAAUUACUGUGUACAGAAGAUUAUAGAGAGGUUGGGAGAGAAUUCUCAAUAGGUUGGCAUUGACCGUCAAAAUCACCUUCGGCCUGCAAGUGGUGAGAUCACGUUAAUUAAUUAAAACGUGCACUUGGGAGAAAAAAAUGGGUGAUCACGAUGGAUCCCAUGAGAGGAAUCGCGUGAAUUAUCGUCGUACAAAGAGUGUCACGAGGGCAGAGGAGAUCAUCGAGUAUGAGUACAAGCAACGAAGAUCGCAACCUGAUAAACCAUGCCAUCGUCCACAGGAUUCACUUUUCACAUGGAGUUCGGGUUUCAACAAUUUCACGGGACUGGUCAACUGGGGCUUCCUCCUCUUGACAAUGGGUGGGUUUCGUCUUCUCCUUGAAAACUUCAUAAAAUACGGCAUCCGAAUUGACCCCAUGCAGUGGUACAUUGUCCUGACUGGGAGGAACGAAGGCGAAGGCUUUCCAUCGCUAAUCCUCAUUCUGUACACUUUGGUGCCAGUUUUAAUUUGCCUUUUAGUGGAAAAAGGACUCUCCGUUGAAAUUGUUGCCGAAGGAUUCGGAAUGUUUGUCCAUGUGAUCAAUAUUAUUGUUCUCAUCCUCAUUCCGAUGGUCAUCAUCCACAUUCGUGGACACAGCUUCAGCCUCAUUGGAGCUAUCUUUGUCUGCUUCGUAUACUCCAUCCUUUUUAUGAAGCUCUGGAGCUACGUACAGGUGAACAUGUGGUGUCGUCAUGAGAGUACUUCCCCAAAAUCUACAAAGUCUCGAAAAAGAACUCAGAGCAUAUCAAUCGCGCAGCUUCAGAAAGAGAGCGCCCAGAAAAAUGGCACAGACGCCGUUGAUGGAACGAAGGAGACCCAUAAACAAGAAAAGCUCGUUCAAUAUCCUCAAAAUCUUCGGCUCACAGAUCUUCUGUACUUCCUCUUAGCUCCUACACUCUGCUACGAAUUGAACUUUCCAAGAACUUCAAGGAUCAGAAAGCGAUUUCUCCUUAAACGCAUUUUGGAAGUAGUGAUUGGGGUCAACGUUGUUAUGGCGCUCUUUCAGCAAUGGAUGAUCCCUUCAGUCAGGAAUUCAUUGACACCCUUUUCCAAUAUGGACCUGGCUAAUGCCACUGUGAGACUUCUUAAAUUAGCGAUUCCAAAUCAUCUAGUUUGGCUGUGUUUCUUCUACCUCGCUUUCCACUCGUUCAUGAACCUUUUGGGAGAGCUACUCCAGUUUGCAGAUAGAAAUUUCUACUGCGACUGGUGGAAUGCUAAUAGCAUAGACACAUUCUGGCGCACCUGGAACAUGCCUGUGCAUCGCUGGUGUGUCCGUCAUCUGUACAUCCCAGUUGUGGACAUGGGAUUUGGUAGAACAGCAGCUUCCAUCACGGUCUUCUUCAUCAGCGCUUUCUUCCAUGAGUACCUAGUCAGUGUUCCGCUUAGGAUGUUUAAAGUGUGGGCGUUUAUGGGAAUGAUGGCUCAAAUCCCUCUGUCGUGGAUCUCGAAUUACGCUAAAGUCCGUUUUGGUCCACGCUGGGGGAAUACCAUUGUUUGGUCUUCGCUGAUCAUUGGUCAACCUCUUGCCAUAAUGAUGUACUACCAUGACUACGUUGUAACACACUUUAACGAUGUUUUGGUGGAAACUAAUGAGAUUUAAUAAAAGAUUCCAAUAAAAUUCUCGGGAAAAUGGAGAAAAUAUA